GGACUCCGCUAUCUCAGCUGAGCUCGUAUAGUCUCCCACCCAUUUGCUCUCUGCCCUCUACCUGUUCGGAGAAAUGCCGAAGAGGGCCAUCACAUACGCCGUGGUUGAUGCUUUCACAGACGAGCCGUUCAAGGGGAACACGGCUGCCGUCUGCGUCCUUGAGGACACCGGCUGGGAAGAAGAACCACUGGGUGAGCAGUGGAUGCAGUCCCUUGCCGCGGAGUUCAACACCUCCAUUACCGCGUUCUUGGUUCCUGCCGGCGCUGCUGAUGGGGGUGCUGAAAAGUCUGAUGCUGAUGCUGCAAAUCCCCAGUUUCAUAUCCGCUGGUUCACUCCUGUUCGCGAGAGUGAACUUUGCGGCCAUGGAACAUUAGCUGCUGCGCACUACUUGAUUUCAUCUGGCCUUGUGAAGUCUAAUGCGAUAGAUUUCUUGGCAAAAUCUGGAUUUCUAACAGCCAAGAAAGUCGUUGGCCUGAAGGAGUCCAGCACCUCAAUUUCUCCACCGCAAGAAGCUUGCAGCAAGUUCUUCAUUGAAUUGGAUUUCCCUGUCCUUCCAGUAGUAAAAUGCACAUCUUUGGACAUGCCAUCAAUUCCUCAAACUUUAAAUGGUGCAUCCAUCAGUAAUGUGCUAAAAACUGUCUCUGAUUCUGCUGCCGACCUCAUUGUGGAACUUAAUUCAAGUGAACAAGUUGUUAAUGUCCAACCAAACAUUGCUGAAUUAGUCCAAUGUUCUGGAAGAGGGGUUGCUGUUACAGGGCCAGCUCCUGCUGGAUCUCGCUAUGAUUUUUUCAGUCGUUUCUUCUGCCCAAAAUAUGGAUUGAAUGAGGAUCCUGUAUGUGGUAGUGUGCACUGUGCCUUGGCUCCUUACUGGGGCAAGAAGCUAGGUAAACAACUCAUGACUGCCUUCAUGGCUUCCCCGAGGAGUGGAACACUGUAUCUGCAAUGGGAUGAGGCAACGCAGAGGGUUCGAAUUCGUGGAGAAGCUGUUACUAUCAUGGUUGGGACCAUUCUAAUCUAGAAGCGUUACUUCUGAUUAUGAUGAUGAACUGCAAUUGAAUCAACGAAUAACUUUUAGCACCUUUAAUCAUCACUGAAGACUGAAUUAUGAAACCCGGGCUUAAUUUAUCACUACACAGCGUUAUAGGGAUCUAAAGUUGAAGUCAAAUUAUACAUGAAUUGACAUGUCUGGUAUGUGGAUUACAACUGAUAAAUUAGAUUUUAUCAUAAAUUCAGUGCUAUCCCUCAAUUCUUCGUAGUUUUUUUUUAUGUUGUGGUCUAUGUGAAAAGAGAUGUAGUCAAACACAUUCCAAUUUUGUUUUACACCGAGUCCAAAUCCAUAGUAGUAUGAUGUAAGUUAAAUAUAUUACUAUCAACCGUAGGCAAAUUUUGCUACAUAAUACUCAGUUUGUGUAAUUUUGGCUGAUAAAUAUCAUAAAAACCUCUCAUGGC